CAAAAUCGAUGGCGUCGCUGACCUCAUCUUUUCAGUCUCUGAAGCUCUCGUCUUCCAUAUUCACCCAUGGCUCCACUCCACUCUCUUCUCUCUCCAGACCCACUGUCCUUCCGAGCCCUAGGAAGCCGUGUUCAAUGCCGGCGAUCCGAGCCAUGAAGACGAUGCAAGGGCGCGUGGUGUGCGCGACGAGCGACAAGACAGUGGCGGUGGAGGUGGUGAGGCUAGCUCCACACCCGAAAUACAAGAGGCGCGUGAGGAUGAAGAAGAAGUAUCAGGCGCAUGACCCUGAUAAUCAGUUCAAGGUUGGUGACGUUGUGAGGCUUGAGAAGAGCAGACCCAUCAGCAAAACCAAAUCUUUCGUCGCGCUUCCUCUCCCUAAAAGGAACGACCUUGGAAUUCCGAUGGAAUCUCAGCAGCAGCCGGUGGGGGUUGAGUAGAGAAUCGUUGUUUGUUUGUAUGUUCGUCUUGUGAAAAUUUCACUGUAAUUUCUGUUCUUGAUACUGCGAUUUGCUUUUCCAUUUUCGGAUUUGAUUGCGAUUUCUAUUAAUGCUUUCAAUCAUCAAAAAAUCCAGUGUACUGCG